UACAGACGCCGGCCGGUGACCGGUCCGAGGGUAUUAUAGUCAUUACGCAACCAUCUCUCUCUUCCUCAUCAUAUCCCUUCCAUUCCCAAUCCGCCAUGGCUGCAAAACCUCGGUUUUUGUAACUCUCUUCUCCAUCAUUUUGCCCAUUUCCAUCUCCAUUUCUGAUAUGGGUUGGCCUCAAAACAUCGAAACUUCUUAUCCAUUCAUACUUCCAAUUUCUCUAUCUCCUCCGGCGCCGGAACCAGCUGUGAAUCAUCUAUCUUCAGUAAAUACAAAAGUUGUAAAAGUUCUAUCAAUGGCUUCAGCCAUAAUAUUCGCAGUAAUCAUGACUCUAUUUUUCAUCAAGUUAUACAACAAUAGGAAAAAACAGAAACUUUCUACCGAUAAGUAUCCCCGUCUCCGGCGAGUCCCAAGGGAGCUAAACAUUGCUAAAUUCAAUGACAAUGAUGAAGAAAAACAACGGAUCAAGAUGAUUAACAAUCCUCCAAUUCAAGAAUGUCCUUUAAUUAGAUCAAGAUCUUCAAUUUCCUUCUCUUCGGAAGAGAUAGAAUUGCAGCCGCCACCGCCGCCGAAGUCUCAGGCGCCGCCACCACCUCCACCGUCCAAGGUAGUUGCUCCGACAUUAUCGUUAAAGCCACCGCCUUCAAUGAGAUCAACGGGAGAACAAAUUAAGUUGAAGCCUCUUCAUUGGGACAAGGUGAAUCCAAACAAUGUUGAUUAUUCAAUGGUCUGGCAUAGAAUGAACAACGGAUCUUUCGAAGUUAAUGACGAACUAAUGGGAGCUCUAUUUGGAUAUGUAGCAACCAACAAAAGAUCAUUUGAAAAAGAUCAAGACAUAAUGAAUAAGAAAUCAAAUCAAAUCUUGAUUCUAGACCCACGUAAAUCCCAAAACAUAGCAAUCGUUCUCCGAUCACUCCCCGUUUCUAGAGAACAAAUCAUCACAUCCCUCAUCGCCGGUCAUGGUUUAAACGCAGAAACUCUUGAAAGUCUAAAAAGAAUUACACCCACAAUUGAAGAACAAUCUAAAAUCCUUUCAUUUAACGGCGACCCAAAAACUCUAGCAGAUUCAGAAUCAUUUCUAUACCAUGUUCUAAAUUCAAUCCCAUCAGCUUUUCCCCGUAUAAACGUCAUGCUUUUCCGAUCAACUUUCCCGUUGGAAGUUCAUUUCUUGAGAGAAUCAUUACAAACGAUUGAACUAGCAUGUGGGGAACUAAGAAACCGUGGUCUUUUCUCAAAGCUUCUAGAAGCAAUCUUAAAAGCAGGGAAUCGAAUGAACUUGGGUACAUCAAGAGGAAAUGCUCAAGCUUUCAGCUUAACUUCACUUAAGAAGCUUUCUGAUGUUAAAAGUAUUGAUGGAAAAACAACUCUUCUUUAUUUCGUUGUUGAAGAAGUCAUUCGUGGAGAAGGAAAACGGCUUCGUAUUAACACAAACCAAUGGUCAAAUGAAGACAUUAUGCUUGGACUUCCGGUUGUUAUCGAAGGCCUUAAAACCGGGCUUGAGAGUGUGAAGAAAUCAGCUUGCAUGGAUUUCAACGGCAUAACCAAAACGUGGCCGGCUCUGGCUGCCGGACUUGAUGAGGUCCAGAGGGUUAUAGAAAAUAGUGAAGAGGGAGUGUUUGAAAAGGAGAUGAGAAGUUUUGUUGAAUCUGGUGAAGAAGAACUUAGAAGGGUAAAAGAUGAUCAAGAGAAAGUGAUGGAGCUUGUGAAGAUGACAACAAAUUAUUACCAAGAUGGAAGAUUGGAUUCAAGGGGGAAAUUAGAGGAUAACCCACUUCAGAUUUUUGGGAUUGUUAGAGAUUUCUUGAAUAUGGUUGAUCAAACUUGCAUUAAUAUUUCCAUGAAUAUGCAAAAGAGGAAGAAAAGUAAUUUGUAUAUUAAUGUUGGUGAAUAA